UUUAUAACAAGUGCUUUCCAAGAGGGACUUUGCACUUUUGCUCCUCCUGAGCAAGCGUUCUUUCCCCUGCCUUUCCUCCAGAUCAGAGACUCACCUGCAGUGAAGACCUAAGGAGUGCCUCUGUUCUGUGGUUUUCAGCUGAAAGUGCCAACUGUCCUCAUUUCUACCCACUCCUUCUGCUGUCUCUCUGUCUGCACAACAGCCCACAAUGGUGAGGACCCUGGCCUUCCAUCUGCUCCACCUCCCAAUCUGCCUCACCUUGGUCCAGCUGCUCAUGCCCUGCUCAGCUCAGUUUGCUGUGGUUGAACCCCCUGAGCCCAUCCUGGCCAUGGUGGGUGAAGUCACUGAGCUGCCCUGUCACCUGUCCUCAAUGAUGAGCGCUGAGACCAUGGAGCUGAUGUGGGUGAGAACUGGACUCAGGCAGGUGGUGCGUGCAUAUGCAGAUGGCAAGGAAGGAACAGAGAUAGCAGACUAUCGAGGGAGAACUUCGAUUUUAAGAGAGAACAUCGCUGAGGGGAAGGCUGCUCUGCGGAUUCUCAAUGUCAGAGUCUCUGACAGUGGAACCUACCAGUGUUAUUUCCAAGAUGGCGAUUUCUUUGAAAAAUCCCAGGUGGAGCUGAAGGUUGCAGCCCUGGGCUCUGAUCUUCACGUUGACAUGAAGGGCUAUGAGGAUGGAGGGAUCCGUGUGGAGUGCACAUCUGCAGGCUGGUAUCCACAGCCCCACGUAGAGUGGAGAGGUGACGGGGGAGAGAGCUUGCCCGCCAUGACAGCGCCUGGGGCUACAGAUGGAGAGGGUCUGUAUGCAGUCAUGUCAUCUGUGAUCCUGAAAGGCGGCUCUGGCAAGGGGGUCUCCUGUGUCGUCAAAAACCCCCUGCUCAGCCAGGAGAAGACAGCCAGGGUCUCCAUUGCAGGCCCCUUCUUCUCCAGAGCACAACCCUGGCAGGUGGCUGUGGGGGUCACCUUUCUGGCUCUACUGGUGCUCCUGGUUGGGGCAGUGAUCUCAAGGUGGCGACAGCAUAAGAGAAACCAGGCCUUGAACCAAGAGAAGGAGAGGGAGCGAACUGGGAAAGAAGCAGCACUGGGGAAAGAGCAGCAAGAGCGAAGUGCAAAAGAAAGGAUACAGGACGAGCUCAGGUGGAGGGAGAAGCAAUACCUGGCAUAUGACAAGGCUCAGGCCUAUGGAGAGUGGAAGAUGGGCCUUUACCAACCUGCGGACGUGACUCUGGAUCCCGACACUGCGCAUCCCAUCAUCCACAUUUCUGAGGACCAGCGAAUCUUGCAGUACAAGACAUGGCAGAGCCUGCCAGACAACCCCAGGAGAUUUCAGUACUGGACCUGUGUGCUGGGCCGUGAGAGCUUUAAAUCAGGCAGACACUUCUGGGAGGUGGAGGUGGGGGACAGGAUACUCUGGCAUUUAGGGGUGUGUAGGAAUAACGUAGAGAGAAAAAAAGAGGUUAAAAUAACACCCCAGAAUGGAUUCUGGACAAUAUCACGGUUAGGUGGGUCUGACUUCCAUGCUCACACAGAUUCCCUGAGCAAACUCAAAAUUACCAACCCUCCUGAAAGAGUGGGGGUUUUCCUGGGCUAUGAGAACGGGGAGGUCUCAUUCUAUGAUGCCAUCCAUGGAAUCCACAUCUAUACCUUCCCACAGACUACCUUCUCUGGGCCUCUCUUGCCUUUCUUCAGGAUUUGGUCAGAGGAGCCCACUGCCUUGACCAUUUGCCCAGCAUAAGAAGGUGUGGGGAGUUCCCUUGUGUCUGACCCACUGCCUGGCCCUUCCCUGGAGACUCCAGAAGCCUCAGGCUCAGCUGAUGGCAAUGAGGACCCUCAGGCAGAACAAAGAUCUUUGCUUCCCCAUGCCCAGCCCUGAGCUGAGGGCCUGCUUAACAGAAAAACCUCACAGCAGGAACAUAUUUACUAAAAACUCACUGAGUGAAGCACUUCAUUAAUAUUCUUUCAACUUUUCGACAUGACAGAUGAGGAGACCAGGGUGCAGGAAGUUAAUUAACUUUCCAAGGUGACUCAGCUCCCUUCCUGCCACCAUAGCUCUCACUCACAGAUACCUUAGAAUGUGUGGGUGCUGGGCUAAAGGCUUCAGGUGACUUUCACUCACCAAUCCUCACAGCACCCUGUGAGGUGGCCGCAUUGAACGUGUGGAAAGGGAGGCAGGGCCCAGGGAAGUGACAUGUAAUUCAUGCAGGAAGCAGUGCUGCUGGGAGCUGUUUGACCUCAGACCCUCCCUCCACCUCCAGUCUGUUCCUUUGCAGCCAGUUGUUCCUGUUGGGCAGGGUCAUGGGCAGCCUGAGGUUCCCUUUUCUGGGCCCCAGGGUAAAGGUCACUGUAAGUGACUAUGAAGACCACACCCACCUUGUUCCUUCAAGGGGGACUGUCAGAGCCAUGGCCACUGCUCCAUUGGCUGGCUGGCCAUGAUGACGUCGUCCACAGAAGGAAUUCACAGUGACCACACCACAGGGGCCUGAGAAGGGACCAGAGACCAUACUCAUCACCAGCUUGUGACCUGUUAACAUGAAGCCCAACCAACCCCCAGCUUCAUCCGUGAAGCUCACAUGUGAGGCAUGAAUUGGGGAGGGAGCCAGGUGCACUGCAGUGGACUUUUUCUCACACUGUAGCCCCAUCUCCAGGAAAGGGACACUCCACGCUGAGCCUGUGUUGAUGUUCCUGGAGGUUCUUUAACUGUUGGGUCCUGGGGAAGAGCCACUCCAUCACCAUCACUGUGAUUGGUCACCACUGUGUCCCCUCCACCAAGCAGGUGGUUGUCCGGUUGCAUUUGUUAAAUAAAUUGGUGAAUAAUC